GAUAGCUGGACCAAAACCGGAAAAGGAGUAACCGAGUGACGAAAGGGAUGUUUUGCUAACGGCUAGCUACAGUAGGCUAACUUUGUCUUAUAGUUAGCUUCUUAUUCUAAUAUCCAAGAAGUUACCACGUGCAGUUUAGCUCUUCGGAAUAUUUAGUAACAUAAAUGUGAAUUUUCCACAUUUUUCUAAACAAACGGAGACAUGAACGGGAGUACGAAUCCGCUGCUGGACAAAGAGGAGCAUGUUUUGAAGCUCGGAGAAAGCUUUGAGAAGAGGCCAAAAUCUUCCUUUCACACUAUCAGAUAUGACUUCAAACCAGCGUCGAUCGACACAAGCUGCGAGGGAGAGCUGCAAGUGGGGAAAGGAGAUGAAGUUACCAUCACGUUGCCUCACAUUCCUGGCUCCACGCCUCCCAUGACGGUUUUCAAAGGAAAUAAGCGGCCGUACCAGAAGGACUGCGUGCUCAUCAUUAACCACGACACCGGGGAAUUUGUACUGGAGAAGCUGAGCAGCAGCAUCCAAGUCAAGAAAACCAGGGCGGAGGGCAGCAGUAAGAUCCAGGCACGGAUAGAGCAGCAGUCGGUUCGGUCCAGCCAGCCCAGCUCUCAGUUCAGGGCCCCAACCAAGCCCGGGGCCGGGGCCAAGACCUCCCCUUCUCCUUCUAAGGAUAAUCCCUCCCCGGAGCCUCAGCUCGAUGACAUCAAGAGAGAGCUGCGAGCGGAGGUGGAGGUGAUCGAGCAGAUGAGCAGCAGCGGCGGCAGCAGCUCCUCUGACUCCGCCAGCGCCUCGGGGAGCGCCGACGACAGCAGCGAAGGUGAGCACGACGCCCCCCGACCGCUCAGCCAGACCUCUCCCACCCGACAGCCCGCGGCGGCCAACGGAGGAGCCGACCGGCAGCCGCCCGGCACCCAGCUCAUGAACACGCUCAGAAACGACCUUCAGCUCAGCGAGUCGGGCAGCGACAGUGAUGACGACUGAACUCCCUGCUGGUCGGUGUCUCCCCCCCUCUCUCUCUCCCCCUCCCCUCUCUCUCUCCCUCCUCUCUCCCCCCUCUCUCC